AUGUUUACCUUCAACCCCUUUUCCUUGGAACUUUCUUCUUCAUUUGACUCAUCAUCGCCGGUGUCCGGAACCUCUGGCGGGGCGUCAUUUUCCGACGAGGAGGUGCUGCUGGCGGCGAGGAACCCGAAGAAACGUGCGGGGAGGAAGAAGUACAAGGAGACUCGCCACCCUGUGUAUUGGGGCGUGAGGAGGAGGAAAUCAGAUAAGUGGGUUUGUGAAGUGAGAGAGCCAAACAAGAAGACAAGGAUAUGGCUCGGUACUUUUCCCACGGCGGAGAUGGCGGCGCGUGCACACGACGUGGCCGCCAUGGCGCUGAGAGGCCGGUCUGCUCGUCUUAACUUUGCCGACUCUGCAUGGCGGCUUCCUGUCCCUGCCACCGCCGAGGCUAAGGAUAUUCAGAGGACAGCCACGGAAGCCGCUGAGGCUUUCCGGCCACCGCGGAAUGAGAGUGUUGAGGAGGUGGCAGCCACGGAGGAGCAGAGUGUGUUUUAUUUGGAGGAGGAAGAAAAAAAGACAGUGAUGGAGGUUCCACAGUUGUUGAGAGAUAUGGCACUCAUGUCCCCAACACAUUGCUUCGGGUUUGAGUAUGAAUAUGAUGACGUGGACGUUCAAGAUGCUGAGGUGUCACUAUGGAGUUUUUAA